UAGUUGGCUACUUGGCUUGGCCACUGCAAACCUUAUCUUUCUUUCUUCCGCACUCAAUUCUGCCCAAUCUCCGCGCGAUUAUUUUUCGAGCUUCGAUUUUCGCGAGAAGCCCAAUUCCAAAUUCACGUGGAAACGACAUUUAUUGUCUGUCGUUUUUGAGCUGAUUUCACCUCUCCUUCCCAGCAUUUUCUCGUUUGCUCUCUCUCUCUCUCUCUGUUUUGUGGUUACGUGGUGUUUUGGGGCUUCUCUGCUUCUUCUUCUUCUUCUUCUCCUUCUAUCUUGGUGGAUUUCAGAAGUCCUCUUCCGGCGCAAAACUGGCUAUGGACUACGAACCCUUCGACAGCAGUGGAACUGAUGAUGAUCUUCCUCCUUCGCAUCAAAAUAGAAUUUCAAGAGGGGGGCGUGUUGCAGGGAAUGGAAGAUCUGCUGUUGUAGGUUCUGUACCAUACCCUAGGAUGUAUGGGGAAACUGAUAUGGAGACCCAAAUUCACCAACUUGAACAAGAAGCAUACAGUUCAGUUCUCAGAGCCUUUAAAGCUCAAGCUGAUGCCAUUACUUGGGAGAAGGAAAGUUUGAUAACUGAACUUAGAAAAGAAUUGAGAUUAUCAAAUGAAGAGCAUAGAGAGCUUUUGGGCAGGGUUAAUGCAGAUGACGUUAUCCGGAGGAUAAGGGAGUGGAGACAUGCAGGUGGACUCCAACCCAGCAUGCUAAAUACUGGUCAAGCUGUUCAUGAUCCGAUACCCAGUCCCACUGUUUCAGCCUCUCGCAAGAAACAGAAGAUGGCCCAGUCGCUGCCAUCUCAAUCUUUUGGUGCGCCAUCUCCAUCAUUUCACCCACCCGCAGUCACUGCAUCAAACCAGCCAUCAUCAGCUACAAAACGAGGACCUGUGAUGGGACCCAAGGGCAAGAAGCAAAAAUCUAUUUUGCCUGGUGUAUCUUCAAUGAAGUCCAUGCAGUAUUCUUCAGUUGGAAGGGGUCAAGUUGCUAAUCGAGUGUCUUCUGGUACUCUUGUGAAUGAACCUGCUGAGGUGGCAGCCUUUGAUCCAUUGAUUGGGAGAAAAGUGAGGACUCGAUGGCCUGAUGACAACAACUUUUAUGAAGCUGUUAUAACUGACUAUAUUCCAGCUGAGGGGCGACAUGCAUUGGUCUAUGAUAUAGGCUCUGCAAAGGAGACAUGGGAAUGGGUUAAUCUCUCAGAGAUAUCUCCUGAGGACAUACAAUGGGAAGGUGAGGACCCUGGAAUCUCUUAUCGAGGGGGUUAUGGUGGAGCAGGUCAUGGGAUGAAUAGAUCUCUGGGCCAUGAUGGUCAUCCAGGGGCAGGAAGAGGUAGGGGGGUGACAAAGGGUCAAUUUAAAAAAGAUUUCCCACCAUCGCAAAAUGGCAUUGGGAAGAAGGCUCUGGAUGAUAUUCAAAUACUACAUACAGAUACUUUAAUUAAGGAGGUGGAAAGGGUCUUCAGUGCAAGUCAUCCAGAUUCUCAUGAGAUGGAGAAAGCAAAGAAAGUGUUGAAGGAGCAUGAACAAGCACUUAUUGAUGCCAUUCAAAGGCUUGCAGAUAUAUCUGAUGAUGAGGGUAGCCGUCAGUUCUCACAUGGGCAAUCAAUGGACAGAGAAUGAAGGAUGAACUGGGCAGCUGAUAAGUAGCAAGCUUGCUGGUGAUAAAAUGAUGGGGAAUCAGAUGGCAGGUGAGCUGAUUAAGAGGGUGGAUGCUGUUUACAAGGCCACCUUCACGUACAAUGGGGUUAUCUGGGCUAUAUUUUUGUGCUACAUGGAUUAACUAAGGGUUUGGGUCUCCUAGGUCGGAGAAAAUUGUAGGAGGGGAUCCUAAUUUCUUAGAAUGGCAGGGUUUCAGGGGAAUGCCAGUGGUUCGUGUAUAAUUAUUUGAGAGAAGUUAUUUAACUUGCGAUCAUGUAGGAAGAUAUUAUUUGUGGCAGAGCUUCCCCCCUUCCAUUCUCUCUCACCCUCUGUAGCUGCUCACUUUUACCCACCACCAGCCCUAACCCCAACAAGCGUCCAUUUUUUAGGGACACCAAAGAAGAGCCUAACGGUUGGUGGAAAUAAUCCCUUGUUUGGUUUCCUUAUGUUACUACGGAUGGAAGUAAUGUCUUCCACGAUUUCAAAGAUAAUCUUUUAAAAAAUGAGAAGAAAAUGGUGAAAGCAGAGUUGCUCAUUGUACUCGCAAUUAUUUCUCCUGUUUUGUUCAUUCGUACUUUUGAAAACCAACCCUCUUGAAUCAGACGAAAAUGAAUGGAAGGAAGCGGAGAGUUGUUUAUAAA